AUGAGAGUCUCCGCUGCUGUUGCGCUUUCACUUGCAAGUGCAUCCGUGUCCAGCGCGCUCCCACAUGUGCACAGACGUGCGGCCGACAACAAUGAUUGUACCACCGCACACACGCACCAUCAGAACAAACGUGCCAUCGCGAUCGAGUACGUCUACCAGACCGUAACGGUCAACGACGAAGGUGUCGCUUUGCAGGCGCCUUCUUCUUCUGUGGUCGCUACUGAGAUUCCAUCUUCAGAACUUACGUGGUCCGCCACCUCGACUUCUGCUGCGUCUGCUGCGUCUGCUGCGUCUGCUGCGUUGUCCGUCUCUUCGUCUGCCGCACCUUCUUCUGCGACUACCACUUUGAGCAGCUCUUCGGUCCAGCAGGCCGCUUCGUCUGCCGCCGCUUCGUCUGCUGCGGCUUGGUCGUCUGCGGCUUCUUCUUCUCAGGCCUCUUGGUCGUCGUCGUCGUCUGCUCCGGCUUGGUCGGCUGCGUCUUCGUCUGCGGCUUCGUCUUCGCCUUCGCCUUCCUCCUCCACAUCCAGCUCCGGUGGCACUGACGGCGACUUGGCCGGUUUCUCCAACCCAUCCCAACAGUUCCAGGACGGCACCAUCAAGUGUAGCGACUUCCCUUCGGGACAAGGUGUUCUUUCCCUCGACUGGCUAGGAUUCGGCGGCUGGUCCGGUAUCGAGAACUCGGACGGGUCUACGGGCGGCACUUGUGAAGAGGGCUCUUACUGUUCUUACGCUUGCCAACCCGGUAUGUCCAAGACUCAAUGGCCUUCGAGUCAACCUGCCAACGGAGUCUCUAUCGGCGGUCUCUACUGUAAGAACGGUUACUUGUACCGUUCCAACACCAACUCCGACUACUUGUGUGAAUGGGGCAUGGACAUGGCCGUCGUCACUUCUGAGCUAAGUGAAUCCGUUGCCAUUUGUAGAACCGAUUAUCCUGGUACCGAAAACAUGGUCAUUCCAACUUACGUCGAGGCCGGUGGUCAAUUGCCCUUGACCGUCGUCGACGAGGACAACUACUACCAGUGGAAAGGUAUGAAGACUUCUGCUCAGUACUACGUCAACAACGCGGGUGUUUCCCUCGAGGAUGGUUGCGUGUGGGGUACUCCGGGCUCUGGCGUCGGUAACUGGGCCCCACUCAACUUUGGUGCAGGCUACACCAACGGUGUCGCUUAUUUAGCCUUGAUUCCAAACCCAAACAACCACGAUUCUCUCAACUUCAACGUCAAGAUCGUUGCUGCGGACAGUUCCAGUAUCGUGAACGGACAGUGUUACUACGAGAACGGCCAAUACAACGGCGGUGGUUCUGACGGCUGUACCGUGGCUGUCACUGCUGGUAGGGCCAAAUUCGUGUUGUACAACUAA